AGCGUGACCUGUAAAUGUAUCAAUAAAUCAAAAUAACGUGACUAUUUCACGACCUGGCGUGAGAACGGGUUGGUUUGUACUUAGAGGAGUUGGAGAGGAGUCUCAGGUUCUCAGACCAGUGACGUUCAGAUGUUCGAAGGUUAAUGCAAAUACUUCAGGAGCAAUGAUGGCAAAAGCAUGAUCACCUUGAGAUGAGAACUGACCACCUGGGAGAGGGAGAAUGACACGCAGAAAAGGGCCGCAGGUCGGAGUUGAACCGGCGGCCGCUGCGGCGAGGAGUAAACGUCUAUAUAUGGGCGCCCACUCUACCAGGACGGAGCAGGAAAGAGCAGAUUCUCCUGCACCAACCUGUGUGUCCGUGAAGAGCGACACGUCCAUGGGUUUCCCUAUGAAUUUCAGACUGCAAGAUCCAAUUUCAAAAGUUCAACAGGAGACGUCAGAGGUUGGUCAUCAAACAGACUGGGACUCUAUAUUUAUGCUUCUUGAGGAGAACAUUGUUGCUUUUGUGAAGAACGAGCUUAAAAAGAUUCAGAGGGUUCUGAGUCCAGAUUACCCAGAAAUCUUAGAGAGCCAAGGUGAGGACGAGGAGGUGGUUGAUGGUGAGGAAGAGCAGAGGAGGAGGAGCAGCAGAGAGGCAUUUCUGAAUAUCACACUGCACUUCCUGAGGAGAAUGAAGCAAGAGGAGCUGGCUGACUCUCUGCAGAACAAAUGUCUUGCUGCAGUGUGCCGACGUAAACUCAAAUCAAAUCAGAAGAAGAGGUUCCAGUGUGUGUUUGAGGGGAUUGCUAAAGCAGGAAACCCAUCCUUUCUGAAUCAGAUGUUCACAGAGCUGUACAUCUACGAGGGAGAGACUGCACAGGUCAAUGAUGAACAUGAGUUCCGACAAAUUGAAACAACAUUCAGGAAACCAGACAAACCAGAAACAACAAUCGGAUGUGAAGACAUCUUUAAACCUUCACCUGGAAGACGUGAACCGAUCAGAACAGUGAUGACAAAGGGAGUGGCUGGCAUUGGGAAAACAGUCUUAACACAGAAGUUCACUCUGGACUGGGCUGAAGGCAAAGCCAACCAGGACAUAGUGUUCACAUUUCCAUUCACUUUCAGAGAGCUGAAUGUGAUGAAAGAGAAGAAGUACAGCUUGGUGGAACUUGUUCAUCACUUCUUUAGCGAAACCAAAGAAGCAGGAAUCUGCAGGUUUGAAGAGUUUCCGGUUGUCUUCAUCUUUGACGGUCUGGAUGAGUGUCGACUUCCUCUGGACUUCCACAACACUGAGAUUCUGACUGAUGUUACAGAGUCCACCUCAGUGGGUGUGCUGCUGACAAACCUCAUCAAGGGGAAACUGCUUCCCUCUGCUCGCCUCUGGAUAACCACUCGACCUGCAGCAGCCAACCAGAUCCCUUCAGAGUAUGUUGACACGGUGACAGAAGUCAGAGGGUUCACUGACCCACAGAAGGAGGAGUACUUCAAGAAGAGAUUCAGAGAAGAGGAACAGGCCAGCAGAAUCAUCCACCACAUCAAGAAAUCCCGAAGCCUCCACAUCAUGUGCCACAUCCCAGUCUUCUGCUGGAUCACUGCUACAGUUCUGGAGAAGGUGUUAAAAACCAGAGAGGGAGGAGAGCUGCCCAAGACCCUGACAGAGCUGUUCAUCCACUUCCUGGUGGUGCAGUCCAAACUGAAGAACAUCAAGUAUGAUGGAGGAGCUGAGACAGAUCCACAUUGGACUCCAGAGAGCAGGAAGAUGAUUGUGUCUCUAGGAAAACUGGCUUUUGAUCAGCUGCAGAAAGGCAACCUAAUCUUCUAUGAAGCCGACUUGACAGAGUGUGGCAUCAAUAUCACAGCAGCCUCGGUGUACUCUGGAGUGUUCACACAGAUCUUUAAAGAGGAAGGAGGACUGUACCAGGAGAAGGUGUACUGCUUUGUCCAUCUGAGCGUUCAAGAGUUUCUGGCUGCUCUUUAUGUCCAUCUGACAUUCUUUAACUCUGGUGUCAACCUGCUGUCAGAAGAAAAGUCAACUUCCCUGUGGUCUAAAUGGUUCAGAAUCCGACCUGAAGUCCUCUACGAAAGUGCUGUGGACAAGGCCUUACAGUGUCCAAAUGGAUACCUGGACCUGUUCCUCCGCUUCUUCCUGGGUCUUUCACUGUCAACCAAUCAGUCUCUCCUACGAGGCCUGGUGACACAGACAGGAAGCAGCUCACAGACCAAUCAAGAAACAGUUGAGUACAUCAAGAAGAAGAUCGGUGAGAAUCUGUCUCCAGAGAGAAUCAUCAAUCUGUUCCACUGUCUGAAUGAACUGAAUGAUCAUUCUCUGGUGGAGAACAUCCAACAAUGCCUGAGUUCAGGAAGUCUGUCCACAUACAAACUUGAUUCUGCUCAGUUAUCAGCUCUGGUCUUCAUCUUGCUGUCUUCUGAAGAAAAUCUGGACGUGUUUGACCUGAAGAAAUACUCUGCUUCAGAGGAUGCUCUUCUGAGGCUGCUGCCAGUAAUGAAAGUCUCCACUAAAGCUCUGCUGAGUUGCUGCAAUCUGUCCGAGAAAAGCUGUAAAGCUCUGUCAUCAGUUCUGAGCUCCCAGUCCUCCCGUCUGGAAGAACUGGACCUGAGUCACAACGACCUCCAGGAUUCAGGAGUGAAGUUGCUCUGCGAUGGACUGAAGAGUCCACAUUGUCGACUCAAAGUUCUCAGACUGUCAGGCUGUCUGAUAACGAAGAAAGGCUGUGCUUCUCUGGCCUCUGCUCUGAAAUCCAACCCCUCCCAUCUGAAAGCGCUGGACUUGAGCUACAAUCAUCCAGGACACUCUGGAGUGAAGCUGCUUUCUGCUGGACUGGAGGAUCCAAGCUGGAGACUGGAAACUCUCAGGGUGGAAUAUGGUGGACCACAGUCUAUGACAGCUGGUCUGAGAAAGUACGCCUGUAAACUCACACUGGACCCAAACACCGCAAACCGAAAGCUCAUAUUGUCUGACAACAACAGGAAGGUGACAGCGAGGAGAGAAACACAGUCAUAUCCUGAUGAUCCACAGAGAUUUGACUACUGGAAACAGCUGCUGUGUACCGUUGGUCUGACAGGUCGCUGUUACUGGGAGGUCGAGUGGGAAGGCCAUGUUUAUAUAGCAGUGGCUUACAAAGGAAUCAAAAGGAGAGGACAGAGUGACGACUGCUGUCUUGGAAGGAAUGAUCAGUCGUGGAGUCUGUGCUGCUCCAAAGAUGGCUACUCAAUCCUGCACACUAACAAGAGAGUGUCCAUCGAUAUCCCCCCUUUGAGCAGAGUGGGAGUGUACCUAGACUGGCAUGCUGGCACUCUGUCUUUCUACAGAAUCUCCUCUGAUAAACUGACCCACAUCCACACCUUUCAUACCACAUUCACCGAGCCGGUCUAUCCUGCCUUCAGGAUUAAGAUGUGUGAGUUAAACUCGUCAGUGUCUUUAUGUUAGAUACAGUAAAACAAAGUCUCCUUUUCCAAUUCUGAGUGGGUUUUGGAGUUUAAUGUGACAAACCCAGCCUCCCUGCCACUAGACACUAAAUCAAUGUUGCCCUUUAGCAGCCUACCCUUGUUUUCUCCUCAUUUGCGACAAAUGGGGGCUCAUCCAGGAUGUCACAACCUGGCUCAAAGGCUGUGACAAAAAACGGGAAGAACAUGAGAGUAGGCUGCGAAGGGAUAACAUUUUUUUUAAUCAACCAAAAUCAGUAAUUGACAGCUUAAGUAAUAUUAAUAAUUCAGAAAAAAACAUGCAGCCGGUGCAUGCAUGCUCAGGAGAGUCAACUGCUGACAAAAGGAACUAGAAAUGGCACCCAAUUAAAUCCCGGACGAGCCCCAAUUUGUCCCAACCCGACUCUUGCUGUACUGUUUAGUUCAAAAACAUCCAAAACACCGUACAAAAACAUAGCGGA